UUGGCCAGCUCUGGAGCAGUUGGCGCCUAACACUUGGGGCAGCUGCACGCAUCGGAUCGCAUCAAAUCGCAUAGCAUACUUGGAUCAUGCUGCUGGACGAGUUCUGUGUGAAGGUCUAUUUCUGGCCAUUUCUCUCGUAUUUGGCCAGCAUCAAGGGCUGGUGUCCGGCGUACCCCACAGGUUAUUUUACGGUCUAUCCGUUGCCCGUGCCGCCAGCUCAAGUGCCAUUAAUGCCCACAUCCACGUCCAAUGCAGUGUAUCCAACGUUUCAACCGACGCCGCCUUUGCAGCCAAUCACCACGACCACAACGACUACCAGCACCAGCACCAGCACCACCACCUCCACCACAGCGAGCAGCACCACCACAACCGCAGCGGGCGUGACCACAACAACCGCAGCUGAAACUACAUUGCCCGCACCGACGUGUCCUUCGUCGCCUUUCGUUUGCCUUCCCGGCGGAUUGCCUCCGCUGCCCAAUUGCCCCUGCAUCGAUCCGCGACAGCAGCAGCAGCAACAGCAACAGCAGCAACAGCAACAGCAGCAGCAGCAGGUUUCCACUAUGCCCAUGGGUUCGGAUAUCAUGGUCUUUAUGCCGCUCAAUCCGAGUCGACAUCGUCGACGUCGUCGCAUCCGAUUCCACUAGUUACACAAUCGAGAUCCCAUAGCCCCCUCCCCUCACCUAGCUGUAGUUGUUUGCGCAAUAAAAAAAAACAAAUUGAAUAUCCUAAUCGAUCGUUGCACUUGCACCCAACCCAAAUCCAAAACUGUACCAUGAGCUCCAUCUGUAACUUAUUCUAGCCCAGCC